AUGCGCGCCCUCGUUAUUGCCACUUUCGGCGAGAAUUCCUCUUCUAUGCCACUCGUUGUUGCUGCUGCUGUUGACAUCGAUCUCGCCACCUUUGCAUCCUAUAUCAGUCAAAGUAGCAGCCACCCCAGCAAAGCAACAGACGCACUCAGCAAGCACGGGCAACUUCUCCGCUCAACAACACCUACGGCACCCGCCGCCCAAGCCAUCACCUCGGCGUCCACCGCUAUCGUCCAUACCUCCCCCACUCUUCACAAGAUGGAUCACCCUCACACCCUCUCCGAUGCCUCCCUCCACCCCAUCGCCCCUGAUCUCCUGCACGACGGCAAUGACAUGGAUGGCAUGGACCCGGAACUUGCGCGCGCCACCGCUACCGUCCUAGCCAACCAAGUCAUCCUCCAAGGCGGUGACGGCGGUCAUGACGACAAUGUCAACCCUGAGGACUCGCUCCUGGACCCCGGUCUCGCAGACAAGUGGGAUCACUUUGACGCCACGGCGUUCUACCCCCAAGGCAUACCUUCGGACGCGUUCUCCCAGGGCCACGGCGGAGGGAGUCACAUCGAUCCUAGCCUGGAUAUCAACCAGCAGAACGCGCCCGUGGAUGAGGAUCAUAAGCUGCACGAGGCGGCUGACGGCGCUGUACCUGGAGAUAACGCCGACUCCAAUGCCUCUCUCGGUGCGGACCUCGGGCAAGUCACCUCUCCCACGGCCGGAGACGCUGCCGACCCAAAUGCCGUCCCGACGGGCGGCAAGCGCAAGCGGGCACGCCGGGACCCAUCUCAACCCUCUACCUCCACCCAACGUAAACGCCCAUCCAUGAUCCAAGAUCCCAACGAUCCCAACGCACACCUCUUCCUUCCCUCCAACCUCCAAGGUCGUACUGUCGAGUACGCCACCUCUCCGCUCGAAGACACACGGGCCGGGCCGGUCUACGUCCACCCACCCCAGGGAACCGUGCAGGCGUGCGUGCGAUGCCAUGGCAUCAAGCGCAAGUGUGAGGCACUGGAAUGGCGGUUGAGGAGCGAGGUUGGCACCAGCAACACAGGAGAGGGGACGAUUGUCAACCCGAGUGGGUUCCAGGCUGGGAUGGGAGCUGUUCCAGUCGUCUCGAGCAGUAUGGGCGGGGUGAUAUGGGAUAGGCCAAGAUGCUCGGGUUGCGACAAGGCAGACGUGCCUUGUGUCUUCGAGCUGGGUGCAGCGAGCUCAGGUUUCGUCCACCACCUUCGCUCAGAAGCUCUAGCUCUCGCCGAGGAGCUUCUCACGGCUCGUCAGCGGAUACAAGAGCUGGAGAUCUCGCUCGCGGUCAGCCAGACCGAGUGA